AGCACACAGCGGAGCAGCAGAGCAGCGGAGCAGCAGGCCUACUCUCCAGGACUCUGUGUACCUUCACCAGCCUUGCUGUGAGUCUGGAGAGGUUUUAGUAGUUUUAUCUUAAAGCUUCCAACAUGAACACCAUGGAUAACCUGGAGAAGCAGCUGAUCUGUCCCAUAUGUCUGGAGAUGUUUACGAAGCCUGUGGUCAUCCUCCCCUGUCAGCACAAUCUCUGCAGAAAGUGUGCCAACGAUGUUUUCCAGGCUUCCAACCCGUACCUCCCCACGAGAGGCGGCUCGCUGACGUCUGGCGGACGCUUCCGAUGCCCGUCCUGCAGACACGAGGUGGUUCUGGACCGGCACGGUGUUUACGGGCUACAGAGGAACCUGCUGGUGGAGAACAUCAUCGACAUGUUCAAACAGGAGUCAAGCAGCAGCAAGCCGGCACCAGAGAGAAAGGAAGAGUCGCCCAUGUGUGACGUUCACGGGGAGGAAAAGAUCAACAUCUACUGCAUGACCCACAGCGUGCCCACCUGCUCCAUGUGCAAGGUGUUCGGGGCGCACAAAGACUGCGAAGUGGCGCCCAUCACCAGCAUCUACCAGAGCAAGAAGACGGAGCUGAGCGACGGCAUCGCCAUGAUGGUGGGAAAUAACGACCGCAUGCAGGGCAUCGUCAGUCAGCUGGAGGAAGCCUGUCGUGCUAUAGAGGAGAACGGUCGGAGGCAGAAGACGCUGGUGUGUGAGAAGUUCGACGAGCUGUACUCCGUCCUGGAGGGGAAGAAGAGGGAGUUGAGCCAGAAGGUGACGGUGGAACAGGAAGAGAAGAUGAACUACAUUCGGGGCCUCACCAAGAAGUACGGAGACCACCUGGAGGAGAGCUGCAAGAUGGUGGAGCUGGGCAUCCAGACUAUGGAGGAGCCGGAGAUGGCUUUAUUUCUACAGAACACAAAGCCUCUCCUGAAGAAGCUUGCAGAAGCUUCCAGUACGGCGCACUUGGACAAAGUGGAGCGCGGCUAUGAGAAUAUGGAUCACUACAGCGUGGAGUUCCAGAAGGAGGGCCGGGCCCUGCGCAGCCUCGACUUCCUGCAAGAUGAUGAAGAUGAGGAUGAUGAGGAUGAGGAUGGAGAAGCAGGCCCGGAGGAAGGAGACGGUGCUGUGACAGCCGCUUUGUCUGCUUAGAUACACGUUUGGUUCCUUCUGUAGUUGCUGUCAUGACUUUGGUUUCUUGGUUGUUUCACACAUUUGUUAUGUAGCUGACCUUUCGAUACUCAUAACUACAUCAUUAGCGUUUGUGACGAGAGGCUUUCCUCCCGUCGUAUAUUUCUUUAUUACAGAUAUAACUUUAUCAUCACUGUGACAUUUCACUAUUUCACACAUCCUGUGUUCUCUGUUGUGUAACAAAGGUAUAUUUUCCUAAAUGGACAAAACAUCAAAUUUUUCCAUGUAUUCUAUAUGAUGUGUCAUUAAAGAUGUACAAAC